AUGUCGACUAUCAACAUCACUCUUCCAAACGGAGUCAAGUACGAGCAGCCUGUUGGCUUGUUCGUCAAUAAUUCAUUCCAACAUGCGUCUGGAGACAAGUUCGACGUUGUCGAUCCUGCCACUGGACAACAAGUACUCAGCGUAGCCGGUGCGUCUGUGGCUGAUGUCAACACAGCUGUAGAAGCCGCUCGCAAAGCAUUUGAAGGGCCGUGGUCAGAGUUGGCCCCCGCGGAGCGAGGCGAUUUUCUCAUGAAGCUGGCCUCCCUCAUCGACCGCGAUCGAAAACUUAUAGCUGCCAUUGACGCCUACGACUGUGGCAAACCUUACUCUGUCGCGCUUGAAGCAGACCUGGAAGAGUCUUACAAUGUGUUCAAAUAUUAUGCCGGGUGGGCAGACAAAAUAUAUGGUGACACAAUUGACACCUCUCCCGCCAAGUUUGCAUAUACUGUCCAGGAGCCACUAGGAGUUUGCGGUCAGAUCAUUCCUUGGAAUUUCCCUUUUAUGAUGCUUGCUUGGAAGGUUGCGCCUGCUCUGGCGUGCGGCAAUGUGGUGAUUGUGAAGCCAGCAGAACAAACUCCGCUGUCCGCCAUGUAUUUUGGCAAGUUGGUCCAAGAAGCCGGGUUGCCGCCCGGUGUUGUUAAUGUUGUUCCCGGUCUUGGGCCCGUCGCCGGAAAGACGUUGGCCGAGCACACUGACGUUGACAAAAUUGCAUUUACUGGAAGCACAAAUACAGGCCGUGCAAUCAUGCGAUAUGCAGCAACAAAUCUCAAGAAUAUUACUCUCGAGUGCGGUGGCAAGAGCCCUCUCAUUGUCUUCGAAGACGCUGAUUUAGAACAAGCUGUUAAAUGGGCCCAUGUCGGCAUCAUGGACAACUCUGGUCAAGUCUGCACUUCUACGUCCCGAAUUUACGUACAUGAGAAGGUUUACGAUGACUUUGUCAAAGCUUUCACUGAAUUCACUAAGAAGAGUACCGUCAUCGGGAACCCUUUCAAGGAAAAUGUCAACCACGGGCCGCAGGUCUCCAAGAACCAAUUUGAUCGUGUUCUCUCCUAUAUCGAGGCGGGUCGCAAAGAGGGUGCCAGGAUCCUUACUGGUGGUCUCAAGGUUGAAGGAGAAGGGUACUACAUUCAGCCGACCAUAUUCUCAGAAGCGAACGAAAAUGCCACGGUUGUUCGAGAGGAGAUAUUUGGCCCCGUGGUCGUGAUCGGCAAAUUUGCAACCGAGCCAGAAGUGAUAGCCAAGGCAAACGACACAUCGUACGGCCUGGCGGCAGCUGUAUUUACAGAGAAUAUUUCGAGAGGCCACAAAGUCUCGAGAAAACUGCAGGCUGGAAUGGUUUGGGUCAAUUCGUCAGGGGACUCGCAUUUUGGUAUUCCGUUUGGCGGCUACAAGGCUUCGGGCAUCGGCAGGGAGCUUGGAAAAUAUGCACUUGAUGCAUACACGCAGACAAAGGCUAUUCAUGUCAACUUGGCAAUGAAGCUGUGA